AUGGAAGCAGCCGGCGCAGCCUCGCCGCCCCCGCCCACGGAGCCGCCGCCGACUCACCCGGCGGUGGCGCCGCUGGCCUUCCUGCUGGGGAAGUGGCGCGGGGAAGGCGAGGGCAGCUUCCCCACCAUCUCCUCCUUCCGGUACGGCGAGGAGCUCCUCUCCUCGCAUCAUCCCUCCAAGCCGGUGAUCUCGUACACGCAGAAGACGUGGAAGGCGGCGUCUGGCGAGCCGAUGCACGCCGAGAGCGGGUACUGGCGGCCCCGCCCUGACGGCUCCGUCGACGUGGUCAUUGCGCAGAGCACUGGCCUCGCCAAGGUCCAGAAGGGUUCAUAUGACGCUGAAAAGAAAACAGUGGCACUCCAAAGUGAACUCGUAGGAAAUGCAUCAAAGGUGAAGCAGAUCACGAGAACUUUUCAAGUGGCAGAUGGGGAGCUCUCGUACGUCGUCCAGAUGGCAACAAUCACAACUAGCCUACAGCCACAUCUCAAGGCCCUUCUUAACAGGAUUUGA